CAUCGCAUACACUGUACGCCAGUCAUAGACACCAGUCAUGCACUCAUUCACUCAUUAACAGCACUAACGCUAACACAUCACAGCUUUGUCUCCAAUUAAACCAAUUGUUUAGUCAUUUAAUCAUUCAAUUGAUUGUAUUAUAGGUUUGCAUCGAUUGACAAUCCAUUGCCAAUCCAUUCAUUCACAUCCGAUACUCACGAAACAAAUCAAUUGCAAUGUUUUAAUUGAUUAUAUCUUUGAUUAUAAUAAUCAAUAAAUAUUAAUAAUUAAUGAGUGAUUGAAUGGUCAGUGCAUUGAUCAUCAGUGUUGAGGACAACGGCAAAGACCAGUCAUUGACCCCAAGUGUGUCCACAAUAGCCCUCUAUUGAUAGUUUGAUCAACACAUCCGACCAUUGAGUUGUGAUUUUUGAUUACAAUUAAGUAAUCAAUCGAUUGAAUGAUGUUUACGGAAGAGACGCCUAAAGACCUGUCCGCCAAACCUAAUACCGAAGAAACCGAAGAUAAGUCUACCGAAGAGAAAAGCGGCGAAAGUACUCCCGAAACGAGUGGUAAUAAUGGAAGCGAAGACACCAUUGAUUUAAGUGUUAAGAAGAAAACGGAACCGAAAGAUGAACCGAAAGAUGAACCGAAAGAUGAACCGAAAGAUGAACCGAAAGUUGAACCAGAAGUUGACCCAAAAGACGACCCGAAAGAUGAUCCGAAAGUAGAACUGAAAGUAGAACCAAAAGCGGAUGAUUCAGGUGUGGAACCGAUGGAAGUCACGCUCGAUCUGUCAAUGCCUUCCUCUGCAGUCGACUCUUCAACUGAGAAAUCAAAUGCUCAAAACCAAGAUGUGGUCAGCGAUAGGAGUGAAAGCACUUCACCGGUUGAACGCGCGGCGGCCGAUACAGACACUUCUCAUAUCACAAAUGGUAAUCACGUGAACGGAUACACGGCUUCGGACGACUCGGUGUCGAUGAAUGUGGACGAAGAGGUAGAACUUCCGCUAUCACCUCAAGUGAACCGAUUAAGUGCUGAUGAGUUAAGACUAAAGCAGAGGAAAAUGCGUCGAUUGAAGCAGGAGUUGAGGAACGAAGAGAUGAAAUUAGUUUUGCUUAAGAAGUUAAGACAGAGUCAACUCAUGAAAGAGAAUAUUGUAACAAAUAUUGUGACACAACCACCGGUCGCCCCAUCGGCGCCGCCGACGCCACAGCCGCCGGUCAGCCAUCCAGUCGUUAAAAUGAUGACAAAUAAUCACAUGUCUUCGCGUAACGGUUCCGUUGAACGUUCACAUUUGCCGGCACCGACUCAGCCCAACCACACCGGACACGGACACAGCCGUUCAUCGGGUCAUAACAGCAAAGGCCACUCCGUUCUCAACCCUCCCUAUCACCGCAAUUCACACUCAAGUCUAUCUCACGCGCCGUUUCCGCCGCCAUUAGGUUUAGGGCAGAGGAACAACAGUUCCAAUCAUAUGCCGACUGCAGCCCAUUCACAGCCUCACUCACAGCCCCAUUCAAGACCCGGUCCAUUGAGUUCUUUGAAUCGAACUCCAGUUACGACACCACCGAAUGUAGUGCUCGGAUAUCCCGUACAAGACCUGAGGGCUCAACAAAAUCACUCUUCAAAUUCACUCUUGAGUUCUCAUCAAUCGUUUGGCGGUACGGGUUUGGCCACCGGAUCUCCCGGUCCUAUGAGUCACAGUUCGGAAGUGACUCAAACACCCGCUCAAAGACAAGCGGCCGCUAAAUUGGCGCUAAGGAAACAGUUGGAGAAGACUUUACUACAGAUUCCUCCGCCCAAACCUCCGCCGCCGGAAAUGCAUUUCAUACCCAACGCUAAUAAUCAGGAAUUUGUUUAUUACUUGGGUUUGGAAACAGUUGUGGACUUCUUGACCGACAGUCCCAAUCAGAACAAAGCGCCGCCCGAGCCGUUUGAAUGCGUUCAGUGCGGCACUGACUUCACACCCGUCUGGAAAUGGCAGGACAGGAUCGACACCAACAGAGACAGACCCGCCGUUAUUUGCGAGACUUGUGUCACCAGUAAUAUCAAGAAAGCUCUGAAGGCUGAGCACACGAAUCGACUCAAAACCGCGUUCGUCAAGGCUUUACAACAGGAACAAGAGAUCGAACAGAGGAUCGCUUCGGGAGCCACUAGUCCUCCGUUGCCGGCGAUGUCUCCGCCCCAACACAACACGCAGAACAAUAACAACCACAACAACAGCUACAAUGCUAUGAAUGCAAUGAAUCACUCGGUCGGCAGAUCAUCACCUUUGGUGACAUCGAGUCAAUCCCAUUUACCGCAGGCACCGCCCGCCCACUCAUCGAUGCCACGACUGACCGGCUCUGCGGCCAACGCGGCUGCGGCGGCAGCAGCUGUGGCCAGUUCUGCCGCACUGUUGCAGCAAAUGCCUAAACUGUCGGCCGCACAUCAGUCACUAUUCGCAGCACAGGCUCAACAAUUGCAUCAAUUGGCGCAGAGUUUGCCUCAACCACAACCGGCACAUAUGUUGCCAUUCGGGCCACUAUUGGCCGCUCAGGCCUACUCUUACAGUAUGUUAGGCAAGUCGGGAGUGCCGUCCACUGACCUCCACCGCCAGUACUUAUUAGAUAUGAUUCCUCCCCGUUCUCUACCCCAGGGAUCCAUUAACUGGAAGACUUGAUUAUAAUUAUUUCUAAACGCAU